AGCGCUGCGUCUCUCCGGUUACAGCUGGGGACGAUUGGCCUAAAACAGCGUGUUUAUUUUUAUUUAUUUGUUCAUUAUUAAAGAUUAAAAGAGGCUGGAAAAUAGUCGUGUAAACAUGAACGGUGACGUCAUUAGGUUGAUACGGGCCCUUUAAUUGAACCGUUGUUGAGGUCCUGUGGGGAUAGGAGGAGGUUCUGCGCCUGCAGCAGACUUUCAAUUUCGUUUUCUCGUCUGUUUCGAGGAGGAGAGCAGAGCAGUUCUGAGCUCUACAGCCACCACUGGAACAGAUCAUUUUGGGUUUAAAAGCCAACUGACAGUCAUCAGUCAUGUCGGAUGAGGUACAGCCCAUGGAACUUGAUGUCACCCCUACCCAAGACACCCAACAAGCUGCACCGCUGGCUGCUAACUUCCCACCUCAGCAUAAUGCCCCUGCUGUUAUUACACAACCCAGGAGUGUUAAAGAAGAACUUGAAUCUCAACUUGGGACCCCCAGACAUAUGCCUAGUUCAGAGGAUGCUACUGCAGCAGAAAUUAAUGCACAGCAAGAACAUGUCACGAACAAAGCUUUUCAACAAGGGGGAGAGAUGCUGGACCUUUACACAGCAGGUGCUGAAGGGGCAAAACCUGAAGAUGCAGCAAAAAGUCUCUCGGCCCCUCCAGAUGCCCAGAACCUUUACACAGCAGAAACAGGGGCAAUAACUGAAGUUGCGGCAAGCAGUAAUGAUGCCCCAAAUCUCUCAGCUCUUCCAGAUGCCCAGGACAGCAAUAGAUCAGCUAAUGCAGGGACAGCAGGUGGAGCCGAACCCUCGGCCCCUCUAGACUCUGUAGAGGUUAAUAUCAGAGUAGAGUGGACACAGCAGAAGUUACCAGAGAGAUGGAAGGCUCGUCUGCAAGUAGCUCUUCAGAGCUGGUCCAAUUCAACACUGUCUGAGCACGUGGGAAAGCACUGCAAUGUUGUGAACCUUCAACUUUUGGAUGAUCCCUAUUAUGCAGUGGUGAAGAUAAGCCCAUCGAAAGCUUUGGAUGUUUUAAAGACACUGAAAAGUGGAAAUUUAAUAUUUAAGGAAGCCAAACCUGUUAAAUCAACACAGGCUAUAGUGCACUUUUUGGUGGAUGAAACAAAGACUCUGGAUGAACCACAGAAAUCAGUACCCACAGUGGAGGAGGAGAAGGUGCCCGUCUCAGAGGUGGACAUGUUUUUCAAGGCCUUCAUGGAUUUAGACAAAUUGCACCCGAUUAUUCAAGCAAAGCUGAAGAAGAGGUUUGGAAAUCCUCUCUUUGGAAACAGUUUGUCAUUUUCAGGAAACUUUGACGUAAUUGAGAAGAAGUACAGAGAGGUUAGUGGCAUUGUUAGAGAAUCAGAAACUGGGAUGGCUGCUGCUGCAAUGAGAAGCGAUCUAAAUGGAGCUAAGAUCCCACAGCAUGUUGAGAGGAGUGGAGCUCCACCCACUGUUACUGUCCCCCUCUUUCAUUACUGGUACUUCAGCCGUGCUUUCAAAAAUGAGCUCAGCCAGUUUGUGAAGGAGUUUGGUGUUAAAAUAAAUGCUGAGGUGUUGGUUUCAGUUACUGCUCUGGAUGAAACCAGAAGUGAUGAAGUGGCUCAGAAAUUUAUAGACCUUUACCAGCAAAGCACACAAAACCUAGAGUCUGUUAACAUCCCCGAAACACAACUGGAGUCAGAAAUUGCUAAAGAGGUGGUGCGUAAUGUUAAAGUAGACCAGACUAAGAUGGUGUUAGACAUGUCAGCUGAUCAGUGCCUGCUAUUUGGACCAGGACAAAUUAUAUCAAGAGUUGAGAAGGAGAUGAAUCUGGAGUCCAGAACGGUGUUACCAAGAUCUCACAGCAAUGAUAUGACAAAUAAAAUGGAGACUGACACAUCAAGAAGCUGGACCUUGGGAAUGGUUAUCAAGGACACUCCAGAUCCAAUCAUGAUGAAUGAGACACACUAUGAACUGAUGAAGAAGAUUUCUCAAAAACAGAUUCAUGAUAUUGAACAGAAAUAUGGAGUUGUGUUCACUGCUGUGCCUUCACAGGACUUCAUUAAGGUGACAGUACAGUCAAACAAUCAAGGUGUCAAUCUUGAAAGCCACGCCCUCAGAGCCUUCACGCAUCUCUAUCAGAAGGUUGCCACUUCAGCUGUCACAUGCACAUUUAAGAACCCUGCUGAGGCGAAGACUGUAGGCCAGGCGCUGGAAAAACUCGGCUGUCAAGACCGUUUUGUCGGUGUACAGGAGAAAAGCAAUAUCCGAAAACUUGUUGGACUCCCAAAGCAUCUCGGUCCUGCCAUCGCUAAUAUAGAGAAGCUGGCUGGAAAGUCUGUGUUUGAUGACAAGACAAAGAAAUUAGUUGGCUAUCCAGGAAAUUUACCACUUUCAUGGGGGCUUAAAGGAGGACAACAGAGAGCAGGUGCAGCUGGAUGGACGCAUGUACUUUCUCCAAACAGUGGAGCGCAUGCAAACAAUGAGCCAGGAAAAGCUGCUAACGAGAAAGAAAGAGAUAAAAGCAAAGAUGCUGACUGUCCAAUCUGCAUGGACAAUUUUACUGACAAACAAAAAAUGAAAUGUGGCCAUGAGUUCUGCAGAGAGUGUCUGGAGGCGUCAGUGAGGAGCUUGGGUGAAAUCUGCCCAGUGUGUAAGGACAUCUUCGGGACACUGACAGGAACCCAGCCUGAUGGAAAAAUGGACGUCUUUAAACGGCAUUUUAAUCUGCCUGGUUACUCUCGAUGUGGCACUAUUGAAAUUGUUUACAGCAUACCAGAUGGCAUACAGACGGACAGACAUCCAAACCCUGGAAAACGUUACAGGGGAGCUCAUCGCACCGCUUAUCUGCCUGACAACGAUGAAGGAAGGUAUGUGCUGCAGCUGCUCAGGAGAGCUUUUGAUCAGAGACUGAUCUUUACUGUUGGGACCUCCACGACCACUGGAGCAGACAACUCCGUCAUCUGGAACGACAUUCAUCAUAAAACCAGCACAGAUGGUGGGCCAUCAUGUUAUGGCUAUCCAGACCCCGAUUACCUAAAGAGAGUGAAGGAGGAGCUGAAGGCCAAAGUGGCUGGAAUAGAUGAGCCACUGGGAGAUAAGGGCAGAUCAUUUUCCGGAUAUUUUAGAAAAUCUCCUCCUGUAAGGGGCAAGAAAAGGCUUGCCCCCUAUGAGGUGGCCAGCACCAGGACAGUAUCCAUGCAGUUCUACCUCAUGAACAAGAAUGUGGAAAGGACACCUAAACCAGCAGAAGAACUGUCACUUCUCCUAGCGGGCAUGGGGAGACGCACAGUCAGACUCCCAGAAAGCGCAGACCACUCUGAGGUUACAAGACUUCUUGCUGAACAUUACCCAAAACUUUCCAGCUUAUCAGGAGGGUGGCUUCUGUACAAGGCCCUCGGUGGAUCAGGACAACGGAAACUUACAGUUGUUCCUCCGGAAGCUGCAGGUUAUAAUACUCGGUAUUUAAGAUCUGUGAGUGGAGGGGGGAAGAGCACACUGUACAUAGUUCCUCUCCAGGAGCAACUUGAUACAUCUCCUCUUCCUGUGGGUGAACAUGAAUUCCAGAAGAUGCCAAAGACGACCUGCCAAGCCUGUGGGCUGUCUAUGCCACUGCAGGUCAUGGCUGUGCACGUCAAGUCAUGCUGCAUUGACAGAUCAUCCGCGGAAAAUGACACGGAUAAUCAUAUAAAGUCUCCUGCUGAUGUGUCUGCUGAGUUCCUCUCAGUGAAAUCCUCAGCGGCAACUACUACGAGCAUAUCCAGUACUGAGCCUUCUGAUGUGUCUACAGUGGCAGCCAAUAGUACAAGUAAAUCCAGCACUGAGACCAUCGAAGCUGCAGUAGCUAAAGACGGCGACACAUUUGAUGUCACAGUGUCCCGGCACAACAUGGUGGAGAGAGGGCUCGCUCAGUGGCAGAGGCAAAAGAAGUCAUCUCCACUGAAUCCUCUGAGAGUGGUGUUUUUGGACGAGGCUGGGAUCGACACAGGGGCGCUCCGCAAAGAGUUUCUAACAGGAAUGAUAGAAGGCAUCGAGAAGCGUUUCUUCGAGGGGAGCAGGCAUGGCAAGAGGCCCAAGACUGUAGGAGAAAUAAUGGCUGUUAGUCUGGCCCAAGGUGGACCCACUCCAAAUUUUCUUACCUUAUGGUGCUACGAGUUCCUGUGCAGUGGGUCUCUGGAUUUGAAAAAUGUGGACAAAACUGAUUUGGGAGACGAUCAAUACGCUAAUCUCAUUUCAAAAGUGGAGUCGGCUUCAAAGUUCACAAUUACAGACCUCACAGAAGACAUCGUGAGCUGUGGGUACACAGGAGCUGUCAGCUUGGAGAAGAAGCAGGAAAUAACCCGAGCUGUUAUUCUCCACGCUAUGCUGAAGCUUGUCCCCAUACUGCAACAGAUAAGGAAAGGUCUUCAGCUGUAUGGCCUCUGUGAUCUCAUGAGCAAAUACCCGAAAAUCUGCCAGCCUCUUUUCGUCCCUGGAGUAGAGAUGACUGCUGAUGCAGACUUUGUCAUGUCGGUUUGCCAGGCACAGUUUAGCGUGAAGGGCUCAUAUAAGGAACAAAGGGAAGUCACCUUGAUGAACCAUCUCCAAGACCUACUCCAGGAACUGGAGCAAAAUGAGAACCCGCCUGGGCUGCAAGAAGCUGCUCUGCCCUCCAUGACACCAAGAACAUUCCUUCAGUGGGUGACCGGGCAGGGACACAUUCCUAUUCUGGCACGGGAGAAGGCCAGAUUCAGGAUAACAGUGGCAUUUAAUCAUCACUGUGAUGUAGAUUACAGUGAGCACACAGUAUGCUACCCAACUGUGGCAGCAUGCAGCAGCACUAUCACACUACCUGUUAAACACAUGUUAACGGCACUCUUGGGACCAGAACCAGCUGUUGAGAAGCAGGUGAAUUUGGAACCUGGUAUGGAGCUUCUGAGAUUAUUUGGCAAAGUCAUGGCAGGUAAUCGUAAUACAGAUCUGAGACAAACAGCUGGAAAUGCUAAAGAGAAAGAAAGUGUUAAAGGCAGAGAUGUCGACUGUCCAAUCUGCAUGGACAAAUUUACUGACAAACAGAAGCUGAAAUGUGGCCACGAGUUCUGCAAAGAGUGUCUGGAAGCAUCAGUGAAGUGCAUGGGUAAAAUCUGCCCAGUGUGUAAGGACAUCUUCGGGAUGUUGAAGGGAAAUCAGCCUGAGGGAAGUAUGACCAGCUUUAAUCAUUCAAACAGUCUUCCUGGCUAUCCUCACUGUGGCACUAUUCGGAUUGAGUACUUCAUACCAGGUGGCAUUCAGACGGAUGAACAUCCAAACCCUGGAAAAUAUUUCAGUGGAACCCAACGCUACGCUUUCCUCCCUGACAACGAUGAAGGAAGGCAUGUGCUGCGGCUGCUCAAGAGGGCUUUCGAUCAGAAACUGAUCUUCACUGUCGGGACCUCCAUAACCACUGGAGAAGAAAACACCAUCAUCUGGAACGACAUUCAUCAUAAGACCAACACAAGUGGUGGGCCGCAGUGUUAUGGCUAUCCGGACCCCAACUACUUAAAGAGAGUGAAAGAAGAGCUGAAGGCCAAAGGCAUCGAAUGAAGAUACAAAACAGCACACAAUUCAUAUUCAUGUUUUUUCUAUGCAGUCACUUGUAAGUGGAUUCUUGUCAUUUUACCUCCUGUUGUUCACAAUUACAGUCAAACUGAAAUCAAACUGACCUUUUUAACCUCAUUAGAUUGUGUUCAUAUUCAGCAUAAUCCAUCAUAUCAUUUAAAGACUAAAUUCUUGUUUUCUUGUAGUCUUCCCUCAAAUUAGCAGGGGUGUUGUAAAGGGGGCCCAAAUGGACCCUUAAAAGAUAAGGCCUCAACAAUAACAUACACAGUGUGAAUUUAAAUAUUACAAUCUAUUUUACACUCAAAAGAUGUUUUUAGAUAUUUUAUUCAAUAUUUCAAGAAUUCUGUGAACAUGAGGUGAAUAAAUUGUAUGUACAGCAUUUUUGAGUUUUAAAUCAACAGUACUCUCUGUUUUUGUAAUGUAAUGUUCUCUUGACCCCUGAAACGUAAAAGUGUAUCUCUAAGGUGAAGGUGAAGUAGGAAGUGGUCAGGUGUCCACUCUGUACACAAAGAACUCUCUCCGUCUUCCCCUUCUGUCUUCUAUUACACAAAGUAAAGGACGGCUGCUGUGCUUAAAUGAUGUGAAAAAUAAAGAUAGAACAAAAUGGA